UAUUAUUGGUGCACGUUUAUUAUAACCCUUCCAAAACGCAUUCACCAUCGUAGUUUUCGAACGCAACUCGCGCAAUUUUGUGCGUUGCAGGAGAGCAUGUGAGAGCAUGGUGUUUACAGUGUUUCCAAGAAAUAAAUCGGCUUAUAACUAAAUCAAAAAAAAAUGGCUCAAUACAUUGCACAUGACAUAAACAAAAAACAGAGGACUAAUGAUAUAAAAAUAGAAGAGAAUGUUACAUUUGAUCAAAUGAGACUUCCACAAGAGAUUCUGGAUGGGUUAAUGUCUGCUGGAUUUAAUAAGCCAUCUCCUAUCCAGUUGAAAGCCAUUCCGUUAGGCCGCUGUGGAUUUGAUUUGAUAGUACGUGCAAAAUCUGGAACUGGAAAAACUUUAGUGUUUAGUGUAAUAGCUCUUGAAACUUUAAAUAUUUCAAUACAAUUGCCACAAGUUUUGAUAGUAGCACCUACAAGGGAAAUUGCGAUUCAAAUAACCUAUGUUAUUAAAGCAAUAGGUUCACAAAUAGAAGGAUUAGGAAUCGAAUAUUUUGUGGGAGGAAUUUCAAUAGAAGAAGAUAAGAAAAAGUUGAAUAAAUGCCAUGUAGCCAUUGGCGCACCUGGUAGAAUUAGACAUUUAAUUGAAAAAGGGUUUCUUCAAGUUUCGAAAGUCAGAUUAUUUGUUCUUGAUGAGGCAGACAAAUUAUUGGAGAUUAGUUUUCAAAAAGAUAUCAAUUUCAUAUUUUCUAAAUUGCCAUCCAGUAAGCAAGUUAUAGCUUCAAGUGCUACUUAUCCUGGGGAUUUAGAAACAUUUUUGCAAACUUACAUGUCCUCUCCAAUAUUAACAUCACCAAAUAUUGAUGGACCAGUUUUGGUUGGAAUUAAACAAUUUGUGGUCAUUGUUCCAGCACAUCCCAAUGUGAUGAAACAGGUACAAACCAAAGUUGAUGAGCUAGUAAAAAUCUUUACCAAGAUUCCAUUUAAGCAAAGCCUAAUCUUUUCAAAUUAUCAAUCACGAGCUCAAUCAGUAAGCAAUAAGAUUAAUUCACUGGGUUUUUCAUCUUCGUAUAUUGCUGGAAAUCAGGUUAUGACUAAAAGAUUGGAAGCGAUUGAAAACUUAAGAAAUUUAGAAUGUAGAAUUAUGCUGACCACAGAUCUAACUGCAAGAGGUAUAGAUAUAGAAAACGUUAAUAUGGUUAUAAACUUGGACAUACCUACGGAUCCGGCAACAUAUUUACAUAGAAUUGGCAGAGCUGGUCGCUAUGGGUCUUACGGAAUUUCUAUCACAAUCAUUUCCGAAAAUGAACUUUCAUCGUUAAAAAAAUUAUUAACUUCGAUUGGAUUAAAUUAUUUAUUCAAACUCAAUCCUGAUUAUACAGAAGAUGUUUGGGCUAAUGAUACUUCGGUGUUUGAAAAAGUUAAUUUGGAAUCUGAGACAAGUCUUACAAAGUUACCAGCCAUUGAUAAAACGAUUCUUGAAUCUGAAAAUGGUGCGCCUAUAACAAUAUCUACGUCAAAACAUAUAUUGCUUCCAGAAGAUAGUGAUACACUACCAGAAAAUGAUAUUACAAAUGCUUCUAUCGUGGAACAUGAAGAAUGUAACAAUAUUUCGCCCAAGAAUACAGUAAACGGCGAUACUUUAUCACCAGAAAAUAAUAGCAUUCCUAUAAAUUCCGACGACUGUAGAAGUAUUUCACCAAAACACAUGACGACUAAUACGUUAUUAUCAAAGAAUAAUGAUGGAAAUUCCACUAAAAUAAAACGUAAAAAAUGUAAUGGUACUUCGCUGAAAAACAAAAAAUGCCAUAAAAUUGCUUCUAAUAAUACAAAUGUAAAACUGAGAUCUAAUUUAGAUGAGAAGAUACAAAUUAGUUCAUUAUUUCAACAUUAUAUUCAAGGCAAAACCAAUUCUGCAGUUCAUACUUUUAAAAAAUGUAAGGAAGUAUCAACUAUAGACUCUGCAGUUGGAAAUUCUGAAGAAAGUAAAAUGUUAGUUGCAAACUCAUCUGAAUUAAGAAACAUAUAUAGAUUUACAAUAACACCUAAUUCAGAUCUUUCUCCUAUUGAAGAAUUGAAUAAAGAUGUCGUGUUUAAAGUAGUUUUAUCAGAUAAAGAAAAUUGCAAAUUAUCGGAUACUGAAAUUGAAAACUUUGUUGAAUAUAUGAAAGAUUCAUUAAACUUCAAAGAUACUGAAAACAUUAUGCCAAUUAUGGAUAAAAUAAUUAACGAUGAAAAAAUAUCCAUGGAAACAUCUCAGAAUGCAUUUUCUACUACAGAUAUUGAUUUGAGUCAUAUUUUACCUAUACAUAAAUUGGAUAACAGUGAAAAUGAUAACAUACGGAUAAUAGUAAACAAUUAUUUAAUAACGUAUGCUAACAAAAUUAUCAUAAAUAACAACGUUUAUGAAGAUGAAGAGUCUAUGUUGAGAAUAGCUUCUAAUUGGAAAAAAUUACUUGAUUUUGAAAUUAAUUUGUUAGAUAAAAGGUAUCAAGGCAUGCCCGAUUCUUUUUAUAAACUAGUAUAUGAAGAAUAUUUUUCAGCUUUCAAAACUUUUCUUGAUACACAGAAGCGGGCUUUCUUGUGCGUUUUCCCACAACUUCGUAAUGAUGAAGAGGUGCAACAUACUUAUAUAAAUUCAGCAGCUAGAGCAUCUUCAGAUAUUAAUUUGAUAGAUAUGUAUGUAGAAAUAGAAGAUUUUAAGACCCGUUUCUGUACAUUAGGAACUAAAUUUAAUGCAUUCUUUCCUUAUCCUAUAAACAUUGAAGAAUACAUGCCAAGUUUAAUGAUGUCAGACUCUGAAAUUGAAGACUACCGCAAGGCAUUACAAUAUUUUAGAACUUCUCGAAGUCCUGAAGAAAAAUUUCUAGAAAUAAUAGAUUAUACAGCAUGUUUAAAUGAAACUGAGACACGUGAUUUGAUUCAGAAAAUAAGAGAGCAAAAUUUGUCAUUCUCGGAUAUGAAAACACUUCUUCAGGAAACAGCAAAAUGGCAUGCGAAAGAUGAUGAAUUAACAGAAGAACUGUCUGAAAAUUCACAAUUAUCUGAAAAUUCUUUGGAAAAUGAUAAAUUGACAGAGAAAGAAUGUGCACAAGUGUCUAAGAAUGAAAGUGAACACGAGAUACAAAAUAUGAAAUGUGGCGUUUCUACUAAUACAAUCUCCAAUGAAGCAUAUAAAAAGAAAGAAGUUUGGCAAGUGAAUGAUAAUGAAAAUAAUGAAGAAACGUGCAGUACUUCGAGCGAGUCGUCACUUGUGUCAUCUGAGAAAGAUGUUGCGUAUCCAAGUGCUGAUAAAGUUGUUUUGAAUAAACAACAAAAAGUGUUGCCUAUUAAUAGUAGUAGCAAUGACCAAAAAUCCAAUGGGAAAAGUAUUCAACAUGGUAAAGUUAAAGGCGAGCAAAUAAAAUAUACACCUGUACAAACAAAUAAUAUUGUUUACAACAAUGUAGAUACAUUUGGCAAACAUGUAAAGUCUCAUAAAUAUCCAAAGGACAGUGGAAAUGUGAGUAAUUCAAUAGCUUCCACGAGAUGUUCAAGGACAUUGAAUUCACGUACAAGUGUGAAUGCGAAGAAAACUCGUCAACCUUCACUGAAUCCGGUGCAAAGCUGUUAUCCGCAGGUCCCAGAUUCUAGUUUAUACAAUUUAGGUACAGACAAAGCGUACUUGUCAAAUCAAAUCCAUUGUGAUCAACAGAGGGAACAUUUCUAUUCUUCUCAUAUAAACGCUCGAGCAUCACGAUCUAAUCACGUACUACAAUACUUGGAACAGGAGUACAGGAACGUAUCAAGUGAUGAUUUAGUAAAUAAUGUUUAUUCAUGUGAAACGGAUAUCGAGAAAUUCUUAUCGUCGUUGAGAUUACAAACGGAUCAGUUACAUCUCGAGAUCUACAAAGCGCAAAUGUUUGAGAAUUGGACUACAUACGAUCAAUGAUUCUGCGGAAUUGAAUAGGAAUUGACAAGGGAAAUACAGAGUAUCAUGUGUCCAAUUACAUAAAUAUUUAUGUAACUAAAUAUUUGUACCACGAACGUAUUUUCGUUGGAUCCUUUCUCAAGAGUUUAUGAUAGAGCGGCGGCUAAAGAAUGACAUGUGAAUCGAUCGAUGGCGAAAGGUCACGCAUCGCCGGUACUCAACACGCAUCGACGUGACUUGAACUGUGUGCCGAGGGUAACCUUUUCCUACCGAUUCGACGCUACCUGCGGUUAUGCAAUUGGAUUGAUCUUUCGCGAUCAGGACUUGUAUAGUCUCGAUCGAAUACUGUCGGUUGUUAGCAGUAGGGAUACUUUACCAUGUACCAUCUUUUUAUAAAAAUUGAUGACAUCCGUUAAUACUUAUGUAAAUAUCAUAUAUGUACGCUGUCCAUUUCAUGAUUUAUAAAAAUUCUGUGAUUUAUGUGUCGAGCGUUUAAUGAGAGAGAACAAUUUUUUUUUAUCCUGUGUAAAUAAAUAAAAUUAUUUUUCGUAUCUA